AUGUCGCAAGGCUCAGGACCAGUGCCCCAUCCGAGCUGCAAGGUCAUCCUCGCCGGGACUAUCGCGAAGGGACUUUUGGCGGAAAUCCAGGCUGGUCUAAAGGAACUCGAUCGCAAGCCACAUCUGUUGGGGAUUCUGGCAAACAAUGAUCCAGCAGCGAGAGUGUAUGCAGAUUGGACCGAGAAGACGUGUCGUGAAAACGAGAAGGACUCGACAAGCGAAAAUCUGGACCCCUUUCCCAUUGUCCUGCCCUCUGAAAUACGUCCUGACGUGAUCGUAACUGGCAAAAGUGGCUUCGCGUACACGCUCCAAGAAGCGGCAAAGGACUCGGUGGAAGAGGUCGUGCUCGCGGCCAACGCCAACCCGACCUACGACGGCAUCAUCAUCUACUACCCGAUCUUCAACAACCGGGGUCAAGACCAGUACAUCCAGAACAUCGUGUCCCUGGGCAAGGACGUCGAGGGCCUGAGCCACCAGUACAUCUUCAACAUGUACCAGAACAUCCGGUUCCUGGACGAGGCGCAGAUGGUCAAGAGCAUCCUGCCGUGCACGCCGCUGGCGGUGAUCAAGAUUCUCGAGUACCUGCACAUUUACAACACCAUCCUGCCCUACGGCAACAGGCUGUUUGGCCGGACCAUCUGCGUCGUCAACCGCAGCGAGGUUGUGGGGCGGCCGCUCGCCGCUCUGCUCGCCAACGACGGUGCCUGCGUCUACUCGGUCGACGUCACGGGCGUGCAGCAGUUUACGCGGGGCGAGGGGAUCCGCAAGCGGAAACACGAGGUGGUGGAGAAAGAAGGGUGGACGAUUGAGAAUUGCGCUCCGCUGUGCGACGUCGUCAUCACGGGCGUUCCGGGCGAAGCGUACAAAUUCCCGUGCCACCUGUUGAAGGAGGGGGCCGUGUGUAUCAAUUUUUCCAGCGAAAAGAACUUCCCUCCCGAAGUCAAGGAAAAGGCGUCCAUCUACGUCCCCGCCAUCGGCAAAGUCACCAUCGUCGUGCUGCUGCGCAACCUGCUCCGCAUCGUGCAGAACCGGCAAGCCCAGGUGACGAAGGAACAACAACAUUCCGCCGCUCAGGCAUCCGCGGUUGGAGACAGUUUGAGAGUCGAGGCUAUCGACAACCAUGAUACUGUGGCAGACGGGCGAAAAGGAGAAACGGCCCAGAACGGGGUUGCGAGGUAG